CUCAGUGAGGUUAAAGCGUUUAGGGGCUUUUUGGGGCUUAAUUUAUGUAUUUGCAUGGAAAAUUCUUUGAAAAAUCAAAGGAAAUUAUGUAGUGGUUAAGUGUAAUUGGUGGCAAAUACAGUUAUUUAGCACAAAAUGUUAUUUACAAGAUUUGAAGAUGGGUCAGCAGGAGGGGCCUUUCAACGACUCCUGGACGUCAGGUGUUUCAAAGUUGAAUCUAUAACAAUAAAAGAGGAGCCCCUGUAUGUACCCGAGGAGUCAACACUGAUGGACCCCGCUGUGCCUCCGAAGACACCCAAACCGAAAAAAUACAGAUGCGACGUCUGCAUGGCCGGGUUCAAAAAAAAGAGCGUUUUUAACGCCCACAUGAGCAACCACACCAAACAAAUCAAGUACGAGUGCGACCAGUGCUCUGCGGUGUUUUACAAGAAAAAAUCGGCAGACGAACACCGUAAGGAGCACGAGGACUUCGAGGCGACGGGGGUCUUUUGCACCGUCUGCAAAAUCUGGUGCAAAAGCCUAAGAUCGCUGCUUCAUCACAAGAAAACGCACGACGCGAGCAACACCAAGAACAAGACGUAUAAUUGCAACUUGUGCCCCUCGAGUUUCAACACCACGUUGGCCCUAAAGGAGCACAAGAGCGGCCACCACCAGCUGGAGCGGCGCCACGUGUGCGAACAGUGCGGCCAAGGGUUUUUAUUCGUUAACCAUUUGACCACGCACAUGAUUAGCCACAGUGAGGAGCGUAAGUUUCCCUGCGCCAUAUGCGGGAAUAAGUUCAAGAGGAAGGAACAUUUGAGCGCCCACCAGAGGACGCACGAGAAGGAGCAAGAGAGGGGCCUCCGCACUUACCAGACUUGACCUCCAUGGACAAAUCUUAGGUCUGCAUGUUUCAGACCCAUUUGAUUGCAUGUCAUUUAACUAAAUCAUAAAACACUACUAACAAUGAAUAAAUAAAUGAUAAUAAUUAUAAUAA